UUGAUGGAGAACUACACCUUCAAUAGUUUCAUCCUGCAGGUGGAGGGGUUAUACGUCAAAGAUUCUGCCAUGUACCCAGUCUUUUUCCUUCUCCUAUUCUUCUACUUGUUCAUUAUGAUAGUCAAUUUGGGCAUUAUCAUCCUGAUUUUCAUUGAUAAAAACCUCCAUCAGCCCAUGUAUCUUUUGUUUUGCAGCAUGACAUUUAAUGACAUCCUUGGAAAUUCUGUCGUGUUGCCUCAUGUGUUGGUAAAUAUCCUGCUGCCUCCAUCUGAACGACUGAUCAGUUACAUUGAGUGUGUGGUUCAGGCUUUUAUUUCUCACAUAUUUGGGACCACUACCCACACAGUGCUCAUGAUUAUGGCCUUUGACAGGUAUGUGGCCAUCUGUAAUCCUUUGCGUUAUGCUGCCAUAAUGACUAAAGCAAUGUUGAUCAAGCUGACAGUGUUUGCUUGGGGGACACCACUGGUUUUGGUCGGGAUCCUGCUGGGUUUGACCAUACGGCUGAACCGAUGCAGGACUUUGAUUGCAAACCUAUACUGUGACAAUGCUGCAUUGUUUAAGCUGUCCUGUGAGAGUGUUGUCAUUAAUAACAUCUACGGUCUGACUUUCACUGCGGUCCUGUUCUCAGCCUCUAUCGGCAGCAUCGUUAUCACUUAUACUAAGAUCACUGUCGUCUGUCUGACCAGUAAAAGCAAAUCUUUAAACAAGAGAGCCUUGAAGACCUGCAGCACUCAUCUCUUUGUGUAUAUGAUUAUGAUUGUUUGUGGAAUGGUCAAUAUUGUUCUGCAUCGCUUCCCUCAGUUUACAAAUGAGAGAAAAAUAUUUACUAUCUUGUUUUGCAUCAUCCCCAGCAGCCUCAACCCCAUUGUUUAUGGGGUUCAGUCAACAGAGAUAAAGAGUUUUUUUUAAAGAUGUU